AUGUCGUACUACUUCGCCAUCGUCGGCACGCAAGACAACCCCCUCUUCGAAUACGAAUUCGGCACCUCAAAGCAAGGCGGCGACGGCCAGUCGCGCUUCAACGAGCAGGUCCGCCACCUGAACCAGUUCAUCCUGCACAGCAGUCUGGAUAUCGUGGAGGAAGUACAGUACCUCAAAAUCGUAGACAAGUUCUUCAACAACUACGUCUCCUGCUUCGUCACGGCGGGCAACGUGAAGUUCCUCCUCCUGCACCAGCCCUCCGCGCCCUCCACCACGGCGUCCUCGCGCUCGUCGACGGCCAUCGGCGCCAACCCCACCAGCCCCGCGACCGAGGAGGCCAUCAAGAAUUUCUUCCAAGAGGUGUACGAGAACUGGGUCAAGGCCAUUAUGAGUCCGUUCUACAGGGUCAAUAUGGAAGUCAAGAGUCCUGUGUUCAGGUCACGAGUUGCGGCGGCGGAGUGGAUCACUUUACAAAACGUAAACAAGACACGCGUCACGAUCAAAUCAAGCCAGAGGAACCAGAGUGUAUGUUGUGUUCAAGUCACCAUAUUGGUUGGUGUUCCAUUUCAGACAAUGCGUCUGCCUAUCGACGCCAUGAGAGCACUAUCAUUCCCAGAGUCUCGUGAUUCCCAAACGCCAUAA